CAGUCAAUCACCCAACCAGUCAUCCAGUCAUCCCAGCUGAUUCGAUUAUCGUACUUGGGGGCGCGUUACCGUACCCCUGGCACCCUCGCUGAGUCAGUCACACGCCAUCAUGUCCGUGAACACAGCCCACGCAGGGAAGGGAGUCCUCAUUUACGCAGGGGAAUGCAUCAUCCUGUUCUGCGACCAUGUGACGAUGGAGUUCGGGGGGUCGCUGCCGCCUGAGAUGAGGGGCAGCAAGACCGGCCGCCUCUACCUCACCUCACACCGCAUCAUCUUCAACAACAAGGACCACAAAGAUAAACUCCAGUCCUUCGCUGCCCCCUUCUUCUCGCUGAAACAGGUUGAGUUGGAGCAGCCUGUGUUUGGCGCCAACUACAUUAAGGGCACCAUCCAGGCCCAGCCCAACGGGGGGUGGAGCGGCCAGUCCAAGUUCAAGCUGACCUUCAAGCACGGCGGGGCCAUCGAGUUCGGCCAGGCCAUGCUCAAGGUGGCCUCCAUGGCCACCAGGAACAUGCAGCAGGCCGGGUACCCCUCCGAUGCCCCACCCCCCUACACCCCCCCCACGGCUGGCUGGACCCAGGCACCACCCCCGGCCUACGCACCCCCAGCAGGCGGCUACUAUGGCUGGGUGCCCCCUGUGGCCACCUUCCCCGACAGACCCCCAGCGGACGGCGUGUACAUGUCCGAGGCUCCCCCGCCCUACCCCGGACUGGGCUUUCAGAACGGGGCUGUUGGCGCUAGCGGGAUGUCUGCUGCAGAUGCCAAGGCCCAGGAAGCAGCUCAGAGUGCCUACUACGACCCCAGCAACCCCCAGUAUGCCUACGUGCCGCCCCCAGCAUAUGCUGAGGUUCCUCCCUCAUAUGAUGCUGCUAUGAAGAAGUCCCAGUAAAACUCCUCCUCCUCCUCCACAUUACAAGUUGAGGUGUCCGGCCCUCCCUACAUAGCCUGCUCAUCCUCAUCCUUUUCCUUCUCCUCCUCCUCCUCACCCUCCACCCAGCUGCCACAUCUCGGCCACCAUGGAUAGCCACCCUUCCUAUCCUCCUUCACCACCAAGUUGCAUCACCACAUGGCUCCUCCACCACCACCACUCACCUCCAGCUGCUGCGUGUGGAAGAAUACAACAAGAACAGAUAUGAAAAGACGGUAGAAAUUAGUAAAUGUGAUAAUAGACAGAAUACAAUAGAGGAGAAUCAUACAACUUUCAGAUAAUAAGAGGAAGCAUAAUAUGAAAAGAAUUGGUGUAGAAAGAGAAACUAGAAAUAAAGGGAUAUGGAGAUACAUAAUGGUGGUGGUUGUGGUGGUGGUGGUGGUGGUCUACACUCGUGCUUGUUAAGGUUGUACUUAUUCCUUAAAGGCUAUUAUUAUCACUCCCAUUUUGUUGAAGUCUAUGUUACAAGUGAUUUGCCUCCUAACUAAUAGCCUCUUCCAUUUAGUGUAACCCGUUUCUGGGUCAUGAUCUGUAGAGUCCCUCAUAGAGUCCCGACAACCUAAGAUUUGGACGCCAUUAUUGGCCCUGUGUUUUCGCCGCGCUUUUCAAACACUAGCACACGGUCUCACGGUGAAGACAGGGCCAAUAAUGGCGUCCAAAUCUUAGGCUGUCGGGACUCUAUCUAUCAAGGGACUCUACAGAUCAUGACCCAGAAACGUGUUAUGCUAAAUGGAAGAGGCUAUAAGUCUUGAUCUGUUGUUUGUUACUGUGAUCCCGGUCCUGUGGAUUAUUUUGUGGGUUAUGUGUAAAUACUUUGAGGAUAUGGAAAGAAAGUUUAGGUGAAUUAAAAGACACAGGGAUUUAUGUUCACGGUAGUAUUGUGAAAACACACACACACACACACACACACACACACACACAACUGGUAUUAUAUAUAGAUUUGAAGACAGGACACACACACACACACAACUGGUAUUAUAUAUAGAUUUGAAGACAGGACACACACACACACACACACACACAACUGGAAUUAUAUAUAAAUUUGAAGACAGGACCAACUGAGUAUAGCUAAGUCCCUGUAUACUGCAACUAGGUAAACACACACACACACACACACACAUACACACAUUUAUAAUUAUGUACUCCUGUGUUGUAGUCAAUGGCAGUUCUGAUGUAGUGUGGGAACUGUAUUGGGUUAUGUUUAUGAUUAUUAUGUACUCUUGUGUUGUAAUCAUUUAACAUUAUCUUCCACCUAAGUCCUAAGCCUCGUAGUUUUAAUUCCAAGCUCUGUGAUUUUUCAUUUAUUUUCUCACAUCAGUGGUAGUGUUUGUUAUAUCUUAGUAAGCCUUUAUAUGUAUGUUGUUGAAUAUGUAAGAAAUAUAUAUAUAUAUAGACACAUGUACUUGACUUGUUGGUGACUGUUUAGGAAGCACUGAAGCAUAUGCAAAACUAAGGUAUUUCAUGUGUUGCAUCUAGAGAGAGAGAGAGAGAGAGAGAGAGAGAGAGAGAGAGAGAGAGAGAGAGAUUUACAUAUUCAGACCAGAGAGGAGAGAGAAAGAUUUACAUAUUCAGACCAGAGAGAGAGAUAAAGAUUUACAUAUUCAGACCAGAGAGAGAGAUAAAGAUUUACAUAUUCAGACCAGAGAGAGAGAGAUUUACAUAUUCAGACUAGAGAGAGAGAGAGAGAGAGAGAGAGAGAGAGAGAAAGAUUUACAUAUUCAGACCAGAGAGGAGAGAGAAAGAUUUACAUAUUCAGACCAGAGAGAGAGAUAAAGAUUUACAUAUUCAGACCAGAGAGAGAGAUAAAGAUUUACAUAUUCAGACCAGAGAGAGAGAUAAAGAUUUACAUAUUCAGACCAGAGAGAGAGAUAAAGAUUUACAUAUUCAGACCAGAGAGAGAGAUAAAGAAAGGAA